CUCCCCAUGUCGGUGGCUGUGUGUGUGUGUGUGUGUUUCUGUGUGUGUGUGAUUGAAAGACUUUCUUUCUCUCUUUAGCUUUUCCCAUUCAGCACUGCAGCAGAAUUGAACUGCAGAGUGAGAUCCUCCCAAUGUGAUAGCCCUUCCUUACUGGCCCUUCAGCACUAAUAUGCGGACAGCUCCCUUGCACUGAGUUCUGCUGCUGGCUGAUGAGCCCAGGGGAGGCAACUGUACAGAGGUGGUGGGAUUUACCAAGACUUACUCCAACAGUGGGCAGCCCAGGAGGAGAGAUGCGUUCUUGAGUAUUUGCUACAUUAUACACUGCAUAGAAGAGGUACUUAAUCCACCAAAAAAGCAAGACAGCUGAUCGUAAAUUUUUGGGCAAUUGUAUACAAUGGAAGACUCCUACCGAGACAGGACUUCACUAGUGAAAGGGGCUAAAGAUAUUGCUAAGGAAGCAAGGAGGCAUACUUCAAAAAGUUCACACAGAGCAGUAGAUGUAGAUCAUGAUGGAUACACGCACAGAUCCCACAAUCAAUACCCUGAUGAAGAAAGAGACAUACAAUACUCACAUGGGAACUAUAACGAAGAAGCAAAUGAGGAUGAAGGCUCUAGUGAUGCCACUGAAGGACAUGAUGAAGAUGAUGAGAUGUAUGAAGGAGAGUAUCAAGGAAUUCCAGGAAUGGGCCAAGGUAAAGAAGGUAUGGUUGCUUUAGGUCAGCCAGUCCCUGAUGAAUAUAAAGACCGUCAUGAGUUAGAAAGUGAAAGAAAAGCUGAUGAAGAAGAACUGGCCCAACAGUAUGAACUAAUUAUACAAGAAUGUGGACACGGCCGUUUUCAAUGGACUCUCUUCUUCGUCCUUGGAAUGGCAUUAAUGGCUGAUGGUGUAGAAGUGUUUGUGGUUGGAUUUGUGUUGCCCAGUGCGGAGACUGAUAUGUGCAUUCCUAAUUCUGGUUCAGGAUGGCUUGGCAGUAUAGUGUACCUGGGGAUGAUGGUUGGUGCGUUCUUCUGGGGAGGACUAGCUGACAAAGUAGGAAGAAAGCAAUCCCUUCUGAUUUGUAUGUCCGUCAACGGAUUCUUCGCCUUCCUGUCCUCGUUCGUUCAGGGAUAUGGACUAUUUCUUGUUUGCCGUUUACUUUCAGGAUUUGGAAUUGGAGGAGCCCUGCCAACUGCGUUCUCCUACUUUUCUGAAGUUCUCGCACGGGAGAAACGCGGAGAACAUUUAAGUUGGCUAUGCAUGUUUUGGAUGAUUGGUGGAAUCUAUGCAUCGGCCAUGGCGUGGGCUAUAAUUCCACAUUAUGGAUGGAGUUUCAGUAUGGGAUCUGCCUAUCAGUUUCAUAGCUGGAGGGUGUUUGUCAUUGUCUGUGCCCUGCCUUGUGUUUCUGCCGUAGUCGCUCUCACCUUCAUGCCAGAAAGCCCACGGUUCCUACUAGAGGUUGGAAAGCAUGACGAAGCUUGGAUGAUCCUGAAACAGAUUCAUGACACAAACAUGAGAGCUCGAGGUCAGCCAGAAAAAGUCUUUACGGUUCAAAGAAUCAAGACUCCAAAACAAAUAGACGAGCUAAUAGAAAUUGAAUCAGACACAGGCACUUGGUAUCGAAGGGGCUUUGUCAGAGUUCGCACUGAGUUAUAUAGUAUUUGGUUAACGUUUCAGAAGUGCUUUGAUUAUCCUGUCAAAGACAACACAAUCAAGCUUACAGUGGUGUGGCUCACUCUGUCAUUCGGGUAUUACGGACUGUCAGUCUGGUUCUCUGAUGUUAUUAGACAUCUCCAGGAAGACGAAUACGCCUUAAGGGUGAAAAAUUUCAACGGCCAAAAUAUCUCCAACUACGUCUUCAACUUCACAUUGGAAAAUCAGAACCAUAAAAAUGGGGAGUUUGUCAAUGACAGGUUCAUCUCGAUGAAGUUUAAAUCUGUAGUCUUCCAAGACUCUUGGUUUGAAAGGUGUUACUUUGAAGACGUUACAUCACUGAACACAUACUUUAGAAACUGUACAUUCAUCGAUUCUCACUUUGUCAAUACAGAUCUCGAGAAGUAUAAGUUCACUGACAGCAGGUUGGAGAAUUGCACGAUUGAGCAUUCUAAAGUCGGGUGUCAGAUUACUUUUGAUGACGACUACAGUGCCUACUGGAUCUACUUCGUAAAUUUCUUGGGGACGUUGGCAGUUCUUCCAGGAAACAUUGUCUCUGCUCUUCUAAUGGAUAAGAUUGGGAGAUUAACAAUGUUAGGAGGUUCCAUGGUGCUCUCUGGGAUCAGCUGUUUCCUGCUGUGGUUUGGUACCAGCGAGUCAAUGAUGGUUGGCAUGUUAUGUGUUUACAAUGGCCUUACUAUUUCUGCGUGGAAUUCCUUGGAUGUGGUUACCGUGGAACUCUACUCCACCGACAAAAGGGCAACAGGUUUUGGUUUCUUGAAUGCUCUAUGCAAAGCAGCGGCUGUCCUUGGAAACUUGAUAUUUGGUUCCCUUGUGGGAAUCACCAAAGCUAUUCCAAUCCUGUUGGCCUCCACCGUUCUUGUAUGUGGCGGUCUGGUAGGACUUCGACUUCCUGACACAAGAAACCAAGUCUUGAUGUAAAUGGAAACAAAAGCCAUUGAUGAUACCUAUUUUGUUUUUCCUGCAAAAAUCCUGAUAGUUUCAUCAAAAAAAACCAUGCCAACAUUAAAAAACAAAAAUCAAAACAUAGAUGUUCUUCUCACUGUGGUAUAUGUUUAGACCUUACGCCUGUUAAUGUUGUACUGUUUAGUUUUUUUGUUUUUCAAUACUUUUUGUUUUAAACGUUUCAAUCAACCAUUGUCGAGCAAUGUUUUUU